UGCUGGCUAGAUAACAUGUUGGAAACCGUAACCCGAAAACAAGGGUGGAAAGAAUUUAUGGUGGUAUCCGAGACAGCAUUUCGAAGCGGACCAUUCAAAGUGAUCUUCAAUUCAAAAAAACUGCUUAAUGUUAUUGCCAAGCUUGUUGUUGUAUUGGGAAUACUGCGAGGUACGACGGAGUCCAGUGAUUUGAAAAAAGGUUUGGUUAAUGCUAUUCAAGACCUAUAUGAUGUUGUUCAUCAUGAAGCGUUUUCGGUUGAUAUGAGUGGCCACAUUGAAGACUGGGAUCAAAUUAAUUUAGCAAGGGCUGAAGGUCGCCUCUUCAAUAAACUCAAGUGGCCAAAUUAUCCCAAAUUGAAAGACUUGAUCAAGAGAUUGUAUUCACUUCUGACAAUUAAAGAAUCUGUUGCAACUGUCCCUAAAAAUUUAGAAGGAAGGCGAAGACUUCAGUUCUUUACGAACUCACUGUUCAUGGAAAUGCCUGUUGCACGGCUUGUUUCGGAAAUGGUCUCCUUUAGUGUGUUUACUCCAUAUUACUCUGAGAUUGUACUCUACAACAUGGCUGAACUUCAGAAGAAAAACGAAGAUGGUAUAACUACACUGUUUUAUCUCCAGAAGAUUUACCCAGGUCUGGGCUUUACUUCUUUCCGUUUUCCAUGAGCGCUGAAAGGAAUA